AUGAAGGUUCUUGAAACCCUCCUCAGCGCAUCUGCACUGAUACGCCUCGCAAGUGCAGAUUGGCAAUUCAAAUCUCGUACGGACCUGGCACCACCUCGUCUUAACAUUACGAUCCCUGCAUCUCAGGAUGUCGAGAAGGGAUAUCUUUUCGUCGCUCCGUUCCCGGGCCAAUUCCUUGAUCCAGAACACCACGGUCCCCGCCAGGAAGGGCCGUAUAUCUUCCGUGAUGAUGGCGAGCUCGUCUGGUCUGGAUACACGUACUUUUCUAUCUGGGCAGCGAACUUUCAUAAGGGAACUUGGAAGGGUCAGGAUGUUCUGUAUAGCUUUGAGGGAGAUCAUAACCCUGCGUAUGGACAUGGACAUGGCCAUGCUACGAUUUUGAAUCAGCAUUAUGAGACUGUUCGUGAGCUGCGUGCGGGAAAUCAUAAGUUUAUGGAUAAGCAUGAGCUUCAUUCUGUUGAUGGGGUGAAUGCUUUGAUUCAGGUUUAUCAGCCUGUUCCGAUUGAUUUGAGUCGUUGGGGUGGUAGCCCGGAUCAGCAGUGGAUUGUUGAUGCGAUCAUUCAAGAAUUGGAUAUCGAAACUGGUGAGCUUCUCUUUGAGUGGUCUAGUCUGGAGCAUGUUAGUCCCGAUGAGGCCGUUCUCCCCUUGAACCCAGGACAGGCUGGUGCCGGAUGGAACUCAUCAGACGCGUGGGACUACUUCCACAUCAACUCUGUUGACAAGAAUGCCGCUGGAGACUACCUCAUAUCCGCACGCGAUGCAUGCGCCGUUCACAAGAUCAAUGGUACUACAGGCGAAAUCAUCUGGCGUCUCGGUGGACUCAAGUCCGACUUUGAGCUUGGCCCCAACGUCGCCUUCUGUUUCCAGCACCAUGCACGAUAUGUAUCCGCCAAUGGUGACGAAGAAAUCAUUUCUCUCUUCGAUAACUCCGCCCAUGGCACUGAAAAUCACCGCGGCCACGAAGUUCACACAUUCCCUUACUCCCAAGGCAAGAUCAUAUCCAUCAACACGGCCACCUGGACUGCGGAGAUUGUUCAAGCCUUCCAGCCUCCAGAUAGCCUUCUUGCCAAGUCACAAGGCAGCACUCAGCUCCUUCCCAACGGCAACGUCCUCGUCAACUGGGGAUCCGAGGGCGCCAUGACCGAAUUCAAAGCUGACGGUACGCCCAUUUUCCACGCAUACAUGGAUUCAGGCCUGCUCGGUGAAGGCGUCGAGAACUACCGUGCCUAUCGCUUCAACUGGACUGGUCUCCCCAAUGAAGAACCGGCUAUUGUUGCGCAAAGAACUCCAUCCGGUACUGCGGUGUAUGUCUCGUGGAAUGGUGAUACUGAGACUGUCUCUUGGCGCUUCUAUGCGGUGACCGACCGGUUUGGAUCGCGAUCUUUCUUGGGAGAAACUGAACGGGAUGGAUUUGAGACUGAGUUCCUUUUAUCUGGGCAUGUUUAUGCGCGAGUGAUUGCUGAGGCGGUCUCGGUUGGUGGGCGCGUUCUGCGCACCACGGACAUAACUCGUGUUCGGGAUCAGGUGCUUCCGUCUGUUCCUAGUGCUGAGGUCAUUAUGCCGAACUCGGCCGAUCGGGGUUUUUGGAAACAGGUUGUUUUCCAGGCGUGA